AUGAAGCCUGUCAUUCUUUCCUUGUUUCUGGUCUUCGUGGGCCUAGUGGCUGCGUUCACUAAGGAAGACUAUGAGAUCUUCCGUCUACGGGAUGAGGUCGCCACAGGUGAAGGUGCAAACGUGACCUUCUACGACUUCCUCGGCAUCCGCCCAAAUGCCAAUCAUGAACAAAUCACCAAGGCUCACCGCCAGAAAACGCGUACCCUCCAUCCUGACAAGGUCAAGCGCUCCUUUGUCGCCAAUUAUGCCAUCGACAAGUCCAAGUCCAAGUCCACUCAACCCGGCGUCCAUGUCAACUCCGGUCCCUCCAAGCGUGAGAUCGAAGCUGCCGUCAAAGAUGCCAAUGCUCGUUCCGCUCGUCUGAACACCGUGGCCAAUGUCCUCCGUGGUCCUGGUCGUGAACGCUAUGAUCAUUUCCUCAAGAAUGGUUUCCCCCUGUGGAGAGGCACUGGAUACUACUAUACCCGCUUCCGUCCCGGUCUUGGCUCCGUCCUGGCUGGUCUGUUCUUGGUGUUUGGUGGUGCCGCGCACUACGGAGCCCUGGUUCUGGCCUGGAAACGCCAACGGGAGUUUGUGGACCGCUACAUUCGCCAGGCGCGCCGAGCUGCAUAUGGAGAUGAAAUGGGCGUUCGGGGCAUCCCCGGCAUCGACUCGAUUGGCUCGUCUGCACCAGCUCCUUCUUCCGAGAGUGAGCAGCCUGCUCCCAUGUCGGUUAACCGUCGCCAGAAGCGCAUGAUGGACAAGGAGAACCGUAAGGAGAAGAAGGGUGGAAAGGCCCCGGUUCGCAGCUCGGGUACUUCCACACCUACCGAGCAGCCUGUGGUGUCGACUGGAGAGCGCAAGCGGGUCGUGGCUGAGAAUGGCAAGGUUCUUAUUGUUGAGGCCACUGGAAAUGUUUUCCUGGAAGAGGUCAAUGAGGAGGGUGAGCGGCAGGAGUUCCUGCUGGAUGUUGAUGAAAUCCAGCGGCCUUCUUUCCGAGACACCAUUGUCUGCAAACUUCCUAUUUGGUGUUUCCAUAGGACCAUUGGUCGAGUGAUGGGCUCUACCGCCGACGAGGAGAUCGUUGAGGAAAUCGAGGAAACCGAGGACCUGGUCGAGGCUAGCGAGACCACUGCGACCUCGGAUGGACGGCCGACCCGCCGGCGUGGGAAGCGCACUCAGCGAUCAUAA